GUGGUCGAUGGCGCACUCAGCUCGCCCUCUUCCACUCUAAAGCGACGACCCAUCUUCAAAUCGCAGCUCUGGAAGCCUGAUCGCCCCAUUCACAAGCCUUGGGUAGAGAGCAAGUCACGCAAAAGAGAUGAUCGCAAUGUCCGCAUUGCCUUCGCCUGCACCAUUUUGCUGGGAGUGAUUGCCGGCAUCGGCCUCAUUGCUCUUGGCUACCUCGAUGUGCCACGUCACAAGUACUGCUUGGUGCUUCAAGAGGAUUUCCAAGGCACGGAAAUCAACAGUAACGUCUGGUUCCACGAGCAGGAAACGGGCGGUUUCGGCAACAAUGAAUUCGAGUGGACGACAUCGUCCAAGAACAAUUCGUUCGUCAAGGAUGGCAAGCUUUACCUGGUGCCCACGCUCACCAGCGAUAAUCUGGGCGAGGCCGCCAUUCUCGACGGCUACACCUUGAACCUCACUCAAGCGGGAAUUUGCACUUCGACGAAUACUUCGGACGCCUACUGCGCUGCGGCUUCGAAUGCGACUCUCGGUCACGUUUUGCCUCCUGUGCAGUCUGCGCGCCUCGUGACCAACUUCUCCACGGCCAUCAAGUACGGCCGCAUCGAGGUGAAGGCCAAGAUGCCGACGGGGGAUUGGAUCUGGCCGGCUAUCUGGAUGCUACCGCGCGAUCAGUCUCGAUAUGGUCCUUGGCCCAGGUCCGGCGAGAUCGACAUUUUCGAGAGCCGCGGGAACAUUCUCGAGAAGCAUGCGGACGACACCUACAACCGCAUGCACUCGACGCUUCAUUGGGGCCUCGACUCGGCUACGGAUAGAUACGCCAAGACUACUGCCGAGCGUCAGCUCUAUCGCAAGUUCUACAACGAGGACUUUCACACUUUCGGCCUCGAGUGGACGCCAGAAGGCAUCUUCACCUGGGAAGGCUCACCGAUCAACAAAGUCUUUGCUUGGAAGUUCACGGAGAGCUUUUGGAACCUCGGCAACUUCCCUGCCAUCUCUAGCCAGAACGGCACGGCGUACUCCAAUCCAUGGGUGCCCCUCUCGAACUCAGCGGCGCCCUUUGAUCAAGAGUUCUAUCUGAUUCUCAACGUCGCCGUGGGUGGCACCAAUGGCUACUUCAAGGAGGAAACCAUGCCGUGGUCCAACACGGCCGACAUCAAUGCUGCGAGGUCGCAAUUCUGGGCGGCCAAGGAUCAGUGGUACAGUACCUGGCCUGAAGCGCCAGAGGAUCGCGGCAUGGUCGUCGAAAGCGUCAAGAUCUGGCAG